AUGCGCUUGGUGGUGAUGUUGGUAAACAACAAUGGACUGUACAAAAUUAAUCGCCUGUUCAUCAACCCUGAUGGCUUCUUCUUUCGAGUUCACAUACUGGUUGUGGGUGCCUUAUACUGCAGCAGACCCUGUCCAGACUUCAAACUUGGCAGCAGGUACAUUGUGAUGGGUAACAUCUACCACAGGAGACAGCAGUUACCAAGAGCUCUGCAAGAGCAUCUAAGAGGGCGUCUGAGACCCGGAGAUGGGCUGCUUUGGAGCGGGAGUAGCUACGUGAAAAGAUUCAACAAAAGGCGGGAUCAGAAAGUUCAAGCAGCAGCUCAGCGAACCUGCAGAUGA